AUGGCUGAUCCAUUGACUAUGCUCAGAGAUGUGUUGUCGAAACAACAACAACCAGUGAUAGAGGGUGACGAAUAUGUGUUUGGUAAGACAAGAUUCAAUAAGAAUGUACCGACCGCAUUCAAAAGCUCUGCAAACAACACAUACUACACCUUACAAGCUGUACAUCUUUGUCAUCUCAAUCGUGAUGUAUCUCGUGGUGUCUAUGUACUUCAAGUUGCUCGUGCCGGUACAACCGCUGUUUCACUUAAUGAUAGAAAGGAAUUGUUAGCAUAUCUCGAUGGUGAAGUCGAUACUUCGUCAUCGAUUGUCUAUGAUAGUUCUUUGAUGAGUGGAAGUAGUAGUAGUGCAGUGUCUACCGGUACGCAACAAUCGAUGGAUUCAUCGCUUACCAGUCAGAGCGAUGCUAUGCAGGUAGAUGAUUCCAACAAUCAGUAUUCAACAGGUACUCAGCAGCAGAGUAUGUACGAUGCUUCCGGUGCUUCGCUUGGUGACCAAUACAAGAUUGGAGGUGAUCACGACUACCAAUACGAUGCAUCGUAUCGAUCAUCGCAUAUUCCAGAGAUUGAUCUCACCGACGAAAUGAUCAGCGAGAAAUCUGCAUUCACUUCACAUCUUCUUGCUGUACCAAGCAAACCAAAUGAAUCAUAUUCACUUAAAGAUAGUGAGAAUCAAUUUAUGGAGGAUAUUGGAAAUAAGAGAAAAGCAUUGAGCAUGGAAAAGUCAAAUUUUAUGAUGGCAGACGAACCAAUCACAAAGAUGAUAUUACAAAGAGAGAAAACAACAAAUGAUAGAACAUCUAUUUUGAAUGGUCCAACUGCAUAUUUAGAUAUAUUGGAUAAAUACAAUCAAUUUAAAAAAGAAGAAAAGAGACCAUCGUCUUCUUCAUCUAUACCAGGUAGUUCGAGCAAACCACACCCAACAAGUGGUGGUGCUAAUAACAAAUCAUCGAUGACAUCAACAUUACACGAUUCUGCAAGCAUUGGUUCAAACCGUAAGUUAUCAUCAGACAAUCAAAUCACCUACGAAGUAUACGACAAUAUAAAACUAUUGAAAGCUGAAGACUGGCCAAGAGUGGCUGCUGUAUUUGUACAAGGUGAAGCCUGGCAAUUUAAAGAUUGGAAAUGGCCAACUCCAGUCGAUAUUCUUUCAAAUAUUAAAGGAUUUUAUCUGAAACUCGACGAUACAACUGUACCAGAAUCAGUUAAAUCAUGGGAUGUGAAAAUAUUACAUAUAAGCAGACAAAAACGUCAUUUAGAUUUAACAGGACAAAUUGAAUUUUGGAAGGCAUUUGACGAAUAUAUUUUAACUAGAAAACCAUUUUUGAAUCAUUAA